AUUUUCAGUUUAAUUCUGCCCACUCCCUAUAUUUCUUGGUUCUUGUAACUGGAUUCGUGACCAUAAGAUCUCUAUCCUCUGCAAAAAGGUAGUAGAGCCUGUCAAUAUUAAAUAUGUAUUUAAAGAAAAACCCCACCACCAACAACGACAAACCGUGAGAGCAGAAAGGGAACUCAUUAAUCAUAUUCAUUUGUCUACAUAUACGUGCUGUUGCAUGGAUUUAAAUUGCAAUUUUCGUAUCACUGUGAUUUUGCAGGGUCAAGUUGAUAUAGUUCAAUCUUCAAAGUUCCAGAAUACAUGGAAGGUGAACCAGUUAAUGUUAAUGAGUUCCAAGAAUUGGCUAGGCAAGCCCUUCCCAAAAUAUACUAUGACUAUUAUAGUGGUGGAGCUGAGGAUGAGUACACACUAAAACAAAAUGUGGAAGCAUUUCAAGGAAUUACGAUCCGGCCAAGAAUACUUGUUGAUAUCAGCAGAAUCGAUUUGUCAACAACUGUUCUCGGCUACAAAAUCUCAGCGCCCAUUUUGAUUGCUCCAAGUGCUAAGCAUAAGUGGGCACACCCUGAAGGUGAGGUUGCCACAGCCAGAGCAGCUGCUGCAUGUGAUACAAUAAUGAUUUUAUCCUACAGGUCUACCUGUACUAUUGAGGAGGUCGCUUCAAGCUGCAAUGCUGUUCGGUUCUUCCAGUGUUAUGUAUACAAGAGGCGAGAUAUAUCUGCUAAUUUAGUACAGAGAGCUGAAAGAUGUGGAUACAAGGCCAUUGUCCUAACGGUUGAUAGCCCUAGGCUUGGUCGAAGGGAGAAAGACAUAAAGAACAAAAUGGUUAACCCUCAAUUGAAGAACUUUGAAGGUCUUGUAUCGACUCAAGUUUCCACUGAUGACGGUUCAAACAUAGAAGCAUUUGAUGCCAACACUGCAUUUGAUGCCUCUUUGUCUUGGAAGGAUAUAGGAUGGUUAAGAUCUAUUACAAACUUGCCAGUUCUGCUCAAGGGAGUACUUACCCAUGAAGAUGCAAUAAAGGCUGUUGAAGUAGGGGUUGAUGGGAUUGUUGUCUCAAAUCAUGGAGCUCGCCAGCUAGACUAUGUUCCACCCUCUAUUUCUGUUCUAGAAGAGGUGGUUGGUGCAGUUAAGGGAAAGGUUCCUGUUUUAUUUGAUGGAGGAAUAAGAGGAGGAACAGAUGUUUUCAAGGCGUUAGCCCUUGGUGCGCAAGCUGUCCUUAGUUGCAGAUUGGAAGGCCAGCAGUUUACGGACUUGCAGCAAAGGGAGAAUACGGGGUGAAAAGGGUUAUUGAAAUGCUAAGGGAUGAACUUGAGCUCACCAUGGCCCUCUCUGGAUGCCCUACUCUCAACCAUAUUUCCAGAAAACAUGUCAGAACUAAGCAUGAGAGACCCCGCUCCAUGCUUUAAAAUACUACUUCAAUAUUGUUGAAUCGUAUUCAUAAAUGUAUUCAGAUCAUUCCUGAAUCUGUCAUAAUUUAAUUAAACAAACUCAUAAAUCAGCUCCUAUUAAUGGUUGUACUACUUUUCAUUUGAGGCAAUAGAGGAAACUGCGACCCUGUAUUAUUCAAGCAUUCUGAAGAAUAUUAGUAAAUUUAAAUUACCAAUGAAAUUUAAUGUUUCAUCUA